UUUCUGCUGGGGCACUCAACUGAAACGUAUGUCAUCCAUGUUCUUUCACACUGGUACCAGAGUUAUCCUUGACCCUAAUCCUCCACAUAUCCAGAAGUUUGUCUAAGAGCCAGUAACAUCCAAAGGGUUCCACGUGUGGAUCCAAAACCUAUACUCACAGCUUUUCUCCAAGGCAUACAGAGCAAGAUGUCCAGUAUUUGUGGGAGCCCUCUCCGCCUACAGUCGAAGGCCAAGUACCCAAUUCUAGAGUUAAUUCCACCUCCUAACCUACAGAUGUCCAAACAGACUCCAAAUCUAUCAAACAGAUCAAGUCAGAAAAUAGUUUACCGUAGCAAGGAGGAAAUGGAGAUCAUGCUUAACAAAACAUGCAGUGCUGCCCAAGUCACUUGGUCCCAGACUGUCCAUAACCGUGCCGGGGAUUCACAGAGCCAGGUCCCAGCUCAACAAGAGGACAAUGAUAAAAUAUUUCAAUGUAGAAAUGAGAGGAAUGAUCUUCCAAUGCUCGACAGACCUCAAUCGGGGAAUAAUCUCCAUUGUGAUGUCUUUUCCACAUCAGCUGCAGGACCCACCAUGGCAGUGUGUCACAAUUCCUCUAAGUUUACAAUAGGGUCUUCACAGCCGACUCUUGCACCAGUCAACAGCUCCAGUCAGCCAGCUCCUGCACCUAGCUCGCGCAUAGUUCCCUCUUUCACACCAAAGACUUGCCCCAGCAGUAAAAAAUUAAACUACUUUACAUCAUCUGGAUCAUCAACAACAUGCAGUCAAAAAACUGUGCCAAUGUUUAAACCAAAGAACAUUGGAACUAUUGCCUCAAAUGUUGCACCCUCUCUCUCUACAAGUACUGGCCAAAGACCUUAUAUACAAAACUUCCAGAAACAGCCACCUACCGGAGUCACUUGUCUCUCAAGAGAAAAUAUUGAACAAGUCAGAGUUAAUGGUUCUGCUUUAUCUCAAACAGCCACAUUGCCUUCCAUGACACCAUCAUUUAAACCCAAACCUUCAUCUGUGAGCUGUGGUAAAGAUUACUUUACUGGGAAAUCAUCACAGCACACAACACACCCUCAGAGUCUGAUGUCUUCGUCAAUGUGGAUAUCCUCCAAAAAGACAAGCUCAGGAAUACCAAUGGGAACAUCAUCCACACCACAGAUUUCAGUCUUACCUGUACCCUCGACCCCAAAGCUGCAUCAGGUGACUCCCAAAGGAACUCCUAGUACAGUAUCUAAAAAACGGCUGAAGCAGGAUGAAGAAGAAACUCCCAAGUCAAAGAAACCAAGAGUAAAACCUCAGAUACAAGACAAUUUAGAUGUUGAAUUAUUUGCAAGAGCAAACCAGCUACAAAAGGCUAAUGCUGCCACUCUGAUUGCAUGGUUGAAAGACAAAGGAAUACAACACAAGUCAAAAGACAAGAAGUCUGAUCUGAUUGACAGAGUCAACACUGCAUUAGGACUGGCUGUGGAACCUUGAAACCCUGUUUAUACACUUCAGUGAAUAACUGGAAUCUCUUACCAGUAUUUAUCCAGAAAUAAGUGUAUGUCUUGUAACAAAGCUAGCCCCUAUCCACUGUAAUUAGAAGAAAUUCUAACAAA